AUGACCAACGAAGAAACCUUUCUUUUCACUUCAGAGUCAGUAGGCGAAGGUCACCCAGAUAAAAUUGCGGACCAAGUAUCCGAUGCUAUUUUGGAUGCUUGUCUUAAAGUGGACCCCUUUUCAAAGGUUGCUUGUGAAACCGCCACGAAAACUGGUCUGGUCUUGGUAUUUGGAGAAAUUACAACCUCGGCUCCAAUCGAUUACCAAAAAAUCGUUCGUGAUACUAUUGCACGUAUAGGUUAUGAUGAUUCUUCGAAAGGUUUUGACUAUAAGACCUGUAAUGUUCUUGUUGCUAUUGAACAACAAUCACCACAUAUUGCACAGGGACUUGUACAAAAAAGCAAUAAACUUGAAGAUAUUGGUGCUGGUGACCAAGGUAUCAUGUUUGGAUAUGCUACUGAUGAAACUCCCGAACUGAUGCCAAUUAGUCUUGUCCUCGCUCACAAGCUAAACAAAAAGAUGGCCGAUCUUCGCAGGGACGGUACUCUUUCUUGGCUUCGUCCAGAUUCUAAGUCACAAGUCACUGUACGUUAUAAAAUGGAAAAUGGUGCAUUAAUUCCUCUUGAAGUUGAUUCCGUCGUUAUUUCAACCCAACAUUCACCAGAUAUUGAAACACCAGAAAUUAGACGUCUUAUAAAAGAACACGUUAUCAAUUCCGUUAUACCUUCUAAAUUUCUUACGGAAAAAACAACUUAUCAUAUACAACCUUCUGGUUUGUUUGUUAUUGGUGGCCCUCAAGGUGACGCUGGACUGACGGGUCGUAAAAUCAUUGUCGACACGUAUGGCGGUCAUGGUGCUCAUGGUGGUGGUGCUUUUUCUGGAAAAGAUUGGUCCAAAGUUGAUCGUUCCGCUGCUUACACUGCACGAUGGAUUGCAAAAUCUCUUGUUGCCGCAAAACUUGCAAGGCGUGUUCUUGUCCAACUUUCUUAUGCUAUUGGAGUUGUAGAGCCUCUUUCCGUUUUUGUUUCUACUUAUGGCACAUCAUCUAAAACGAAUACCGAGUUAUUAAAAAUCAUUAAAGAAAACUUCGAUUUGCGACCCGGUAUUAUUGUACAGCAACUUAGCUUACAUAAACCACAAGGUUGGAGUUACGAACAAACAGCAGCUUAUGGGCAUUUCGGAAGGGAAGAGUUUCCUUGGGAGAAAGUAAAGGAGCUUAAAUUCUAG